GACACCUACCCUUCAUAAAAUAUUUUUCUUUCUAUCAUCUUGCAGCCGUUGAAUUGUUAUUUGCAGGUUCCUUGGGAUUUUUAAGAGAUCUUUCUUUUGUGAUCACCAGCUGCCAUCCUGUCUUCAAGAUCUGAAAGUCUCUCUUCAGUUUCUUUCAGGCAUUUUAGCCAGCUGUUAAUGGAAGUUUUAAUUUCCUGGAUGUCUCUGUGACUCUGUUUCCCGCACUGUAAUUCCUUUCCAAUGUUGUUCAUUCAAGGUUUCCAUCACUUUCCAGGGCUCCUCUUGUUAUCUAGGUCUUCUUUAGAUGUGCCCAGCAUUUCCUUCACUGUGCUUGCCAUUUGUUGAUUUACCUGAGAUGUUAUUUUUCUGAUUACAUUCAGAGCCUCAUGAAAUUGUUCUUUAUUUCAGUUGCCAUCUCUUCAGAAAUUACAGGAGUGUGACUUUCAGCUUCUUCUGUGUCUGUGUCUCAUGGAAUUGUUCUCUGAGGCUCGGAGGUCUGAGACCUCCUUUUGCUCUUUCGUCUUGGCAUUUUCCUGAGUUCCUGCUGAUGAAGCAGUUGUGGGUCUCAGGCUCCCCACGUUGGCUGUCAUCCACAGUGCAGAAGGGUGGGCGAUGCAGCUGGGUUUCUCCUUACCUAGGUUCCCAGGGAGGCCCCGGCUUCCCCAUACAUAGACAGCUACACUGAGGCUCCCUUAAUGUCAGCUGGCAUGCACAAGCUGGCCAGCUUGUUCUCCCAGCCAGUGCUGGUACUGGGCCCCGUUGGUGGCUGGCAGGCUCACAGGGGCAUCUGUGCUCAGUUUCUUCUUCUGGUGUUUACUGUUCUGAAGCGAUGUCCACGUUACAUUCCGGAGAUGUGCUGGGUGUGGAGCUGAUCUCAGCCUCUGGAUGUGGGGCUGGGACUGGUGUCCAUUGGUAGAGGUCUCCAGAGCCCAACUGCUGCCUCCUCACUGCUGAUUCCACAUUACUGGCUUCUCUCAUCACUUGUCCUCCAGAGGUGUGUGUGCAUUCUGUGCCAGGCUGUGGUCCUGGGUCCUGGGGUUCCCAUCAGUCUUACACUCUUGCAAAUGGCCUCCCCUCUGGGAUGCAACAGAUGAGGCUCAGAUUGCAAACUCACUGCCUUCCAGCCAGGCCUCCCUGUGGGAUGGGAUGGAGGGGAGCAGAACACGGACUCCUGUCUCCCAGCUGGGUCACCCUCCAGGAUGUAAUGGAGGAGUGCAGAGAUCCACUGUCCUUCAGCCAGGCCAUCCCCUGGGAUAUAACUAAGGGGCACAGAGCAUGGACCCACCGUCCUCUGGCUGGGCCACCCUCAGAAUGUCUGUGUUCACUUUGUUUAUCUCUCAGUUUGACUCUUGUUUCAGAUUCCACCCGUAAAUGACACCAUGAAAUAUUUUCUUUUCACGUGAGGCUCCCUUCACUUAAUAUAAAGUCAUCAGGUUCAUCUCUGCAUUGGACAGGGGACAGAGACUGACAUGAAUCCCAUGGCCAGUGAGGUAACCAAUGGUGGCACCCAGUGAGACCCUAAAUGAGACCCAGCAGAGUCCCUGGAUGCCAAGGCCCCUAAGACUCUGUGAGUUAUGAAUGCAUCCAUAGGUUGUGGGCCAACAAGUCUGCACCCAUGGGAGAGGCUGUGGAGCUCUGUGCCCCCAGACCCUGCCCCUAUGAGCCCUCUCUGGGCAAACACAGCAGCCUCUUGCUUUCUGUGAGUUCUUCUAAUGCACGUUUGGAUUUGAGCCCCUUGUUUAUCUGUUCCUGCCUAGAGUCCCAAGUUCUGCUGGGAGUCUACAGUAGGUUAACAGAGACAGUCCUUGAACAGGAAACUCCAGUGCCAACUCUCUGCCAGGGACAGGGACAUGGCCCACACCUGCUGCUGCCUGGGCCUCACUGCCAUGGAGUCUGGUCUGUGGGAGCUCACAGGGAGGCCCUGAGUGGUGUCAGCCCAGGGCUCAGCCCCCUUCUGUGAGUCUGGCUCAGCUCCUGCCUGGCCAAAGCUGGAGUCUGCUCAUGGUGACCUGUGCCCAGGCCCUGGGACGCCCUGUUCUCUCCCCACACAGCAGUCCUCCCCAGUCCCCGAAAAGCAAUGAGAAACAAUGACCAGGGUGCCUCUCACUUCCCCUGCCUGGCAGUGGCCCUGCUUCCGGGAAGAGCACCUUCAGUGUCACUUUCCUGUCCCUGCAGGGUCAGGGCCCUGAGCUCUGGGCUCCUCCCUUCCCUGCUGCUGCUCAGAUUCCUGCCUGAGGAGGGAAGAGCCUGGGGAGGUUUCAGUCCUCUGCUCCUCACUCAAGGUGCAGUUUUCCUGUGUGCUGAGCCUGGCCCUGACCUGCACUGCCCAGGGAGGACAGGUGUGGGCAGCAGGGCUUCACCACACCCCGCACAUUCAGCUCUUCUAGGGGAUAUACAGAAGAGCUCCACUCUGACACCACAAACCUGUUUUCUCCAAGGACCUGCUCCCUCCAGUGCGGUUGGCACCCCCAGGUCCUCCUCCUGCAUACCGUCUACAUAGAGGACGCCACUUCUGCUUGUUACAGCCUUUGCACGGUUUGUAAAAAUUUGAAGAUGAAGAGCCAAACCUCCUCACAGCAAGCCUGGGGUUUCAUUCGCUCACAUCUGGAGCAGGGGAACCUUCGGGAAGCGGCUUCUGCAAUCAAAGCUGCCCUGGAAGACAUGGAGAAUGAGCCCCUGAGCAUCGCAGUGACAGGGGAGAGUGGAGCAGGAAUGUCCACUUUCAUCAAUGCCCUGCGGGGGACGGGGGAUGAAGAGGAAGGUGUGGCUCCCACGGGGCCGGUGGCGAUAACCCUGCAGGCAACUGCGUACACUCUUCCAAAGUGCCCGGGGGUGACACUGUGGGACCUGCCCAGCCUCGGGCGCCCUGACUUCCCACUGCAGGAGUAUCUGAAGGAAAUUCCUGAGUGCGACCUCUUCUUUAUCAUCUUUGCUACCCGCCUCAAAUGCAUCGAUAUAGAGUUGGCUAAAGCUAUUGCACAAAUGAAGAAGAAGGUGUACUUUAUUCAGACGAAAAUUGAUAAUGCUUUAGUCAGUUGUCAAAAAGCGCGGCCACUGACCUUUGAUAAGGACAAGGUCCUGCAAGAGAUCCGAAAUUGCGGUCUGGCACAGUUGCAGGAGGCCAGGGUGGUAGCCGAUAAGAUCUUCUUGGUCUCCAGCCUUGAUGUGUGUGCCUACGACUUCCCUGAGUUGCAGAGCACCCUCGUGAGGGACCUGCCUGCCCACAAGCGUCACGCCUUCAUGCAGCGCCUGUCCAGCGUUACGGAAGCCGCUGUCAAUGGGAAGAGAGAUUCCCUGAAGCAGAAGAUCUGGCUGGAGGCCCUGAAGGCCGGAGCGUGGGCCGCCGUCCCUCUCGUGGGCCUCUUCAGUGACAGUGAAAGAAAGAAGCUGGAGGACACCCUGAGCCUGUACAGGUCCCACUUGGGCUGGAUGACGAAUCCCUAGAAAAGAUGGCCCAGGAUUUGCACGUGUCCCUGGAGGACCUCAAGGCAAACCUGCAGUCUCCAGACUUGCUGUCAGCCGAGAGCGAUGAGUCCUUCUGGGAGAAGACAAAGCAGAUGGUUGAGAUGGUUCUUUUAGUCACCGGAGGACCCAUUGCCACCGGCCUUCAAUUUACAAAGACAUUUUAUUUACAAAAUUAUUUCCUGGACAUUGUGGCAAGUGAUGUGAAAGCUCUCCUUGCAAAAGAAGACCUUUUCAGUGCCUCUGUUGGCUCUGCGGGGCUACAGAAAGAGGGAAACUGAGGUGGCCUGAGCCUCCUGCUCUCCUGGCUCAGGGCACUGGGGUGGCUACUGAGGUCCCCUGAGGCAGCUGGCCAGGCUGGAUGCGCUCAGAUGUGACCCCUGCUGGUGAGCAUGGUACAGGAGGCUGGCCUUAUGCCAAGAGGAGCGGACAUCUCACUGUGACUCCGCAGCCUGCUUCUUCCACACCAGGGACUCCGCUCACCGAAGACGCGGCAGCCAAGAACUGCUGGGCGGUCCGCCACAGCCCAGUAUACGUUACAGGGAAGUGUGCAUUGCAUGUCUGUAAUGUCCCUGGUGUUCUGCCACAAGUGUUCAUUCCUGUCAUUAUAGGACAGUCAGUGCUGACUACGGUCCUUCUUGUUCCCUCCGGGUUUAUAGUUUCAGGUAAACCUGAAAGGCAGUGAGCUGAGCACUGUGUGUGACCAGAUAAGGCAGAGAAUCCGCAGCUCAGUGAAACUUUCCUCCAGGGCCCUCCUGUGAGGACAGCGGGCAGGAAUGCCUUGCAAGGAGUGUGCACUGCAGCCGGGGAUCCCGCUCUUCAACACAGAACGUUCCCCCUGGACUUCAGAGGGUGAGACACCGGAGAGGAGAGCAUAGUAAUAAAAUUAAGCUGGACAAAAAGAAGAGGCAUUAAAAUUUCUGAAAUAUAUGAAAACAUGUCCACCUAUUAAGAGAAGUUAAAUUAGAAACUACACUAAGAUCCAACUUCUCAGCUAUUGUAGUUGGGAAAACUGCAAAAUCUAAUUUAUGGGUGAAAUUGUAGAAAAUGGCAUUUUACAUAUUAAGCUGCUGCCAAUAGAAAAAUGAUUAAAAACCAUGCUUGGGAAAUUAAACAGUCUGCAUGAAAUCUCUACAUGUGUUUGACCCAGUGAGCCCACUUUGAACACUACGCCACAAAAUUUGGAGAAGUGCAAAUAGCUAAAUGCUGAAGGUUACUGAAUGCAGCUGUUGGAAAUGGGACGUGGGAAAGAUUGUAAACAGCUCGAAUGUUCUUGAACAGGUUCCUCCAAAACAGGAGCCUUAAUAGCCAGGGCAGGAAGUAGGGAUAUCCUGCCCACCCAUUCCAGAGUGUACCCAGUGCCAGAAACACUGUGAUAAGUUGCUUCUGGUUCAAGAAAGCUCAAAACAGAAACAUAUUUUGCACGUAGGUUAAAGAAUGGAAACAACUUUGAAAUAAAAUGUCAUUUUUUGUUUCUUU